AUGGCGCAUCAAUAUUUGGCCGUCAAACGCCGUCGGGUAGCUUGGACCUCAAUCGCGCUCAUUGACUACCCCCAUGACAGCAACAAACUGUUCUUAAAUCUACCACUCGAUAGAAGGCGACGGAAAAAAAUUAGGUCGAAAAAACACGCGCGGAGUAAGGUCGAGGCGAAUGCCGAGUUGGAGGCAAGACGAAUAGAAGAAAGACAGAAGAGAGACGAAAGACAGACGGACGAGAGGCGGAAGUCAGACGAAAGACAGUCGAAAGGAAGGACUGAAGACAGACAGACAGAGGACAGAAAAGAGGCAGACGACAGACGGAAAAUAAGCGAAAUACUGACGGAAGACGGCCGGAAGACGGAUUUAAAAUGGAUGGAAGACGGACGGAAAACAGACAGAAGACAAACGGAAUACAAACAGAAAGGCAGACUGCCAGAUAGACAGAGGACAGACAGACGGCCAGGCAGACGAAAGACCGACAUUAGAGCGACAGACAAACAGAUAGAUAUAGGACAGACAGAGGACAAACAGAGAGACAGAGGACAGAUGACAAAUAGACGACAGAUAUAUGACAGGCAGAUAGAGAACAGCCAGACAUACAGAGGCCAACAGACGGAGAACAGUCAGACAUACAGACAGAUAGACAGUCAAACAGAGGACACACGAACAUCCGAGGAGUGA